CAAAAGCAGCCAUCAAUCCAACUGGUUACCCCUACCAAGCAACCACCUCCAAACCAUGCCACAUUUCUCUUCUCCACCUUUCUUGGCGUUAUCGCUUUCCUUCACAGAAAAGUCGUCCCCUCCUUCCUUCACUGUUGCAGAACCACUCUAUUAAUCCCCGAUCAACUUAAAACGCUUGGUUUCUGUUAUCCAAUUCCUUCAACUCAGUGACUCACCUAUAUAAUAAUAACUGCGUCCCUUCUUGAGGCUCUGUUCGUUGAUGUGGUAGCGAGAAAAAUGGAUCGGGCAACAGUCGCACCGGCUAUGGAUAUGCCGAUCAUGCACGACAGUGACCGUUACGAUUUCGUUAGAGAUAUUGGGUCGGGUAAUUUUGGAGUAGCCCGGCUUAUGAGAGAUAAGGUUACCAAGGAGCUUGUUGCUGUCAAGUAUAUCGAGAGAGGCGAUAAGAUAGAUGAGCAUGUUCGAAGAGAGAUUAUUAAUCAUAGGUCAUUGAGGCAUCCCAAUAUUGUUAGAUUUAAAGAGGUUAUCUUAACACCCACUCAUCUUGCCAUUGUAAUGGAAUAUGCAUCCGGGGGAGAGCUUUUCGAGCGAAUUUGUGCUGCUGGUCGAUUCAACGAGGAUGAGGCUCGUUUCUUCUUCCAACAACUUAUAUCUGGUGUUAGUUAUUGCCAUGCAAUGCAAGUAUGCCACCGUGAUCUAAAGUUGGAAAACACUUUGUUGGAUGGGAGUCCUGCUCCUCGACUUAAGAUAUGCGAUUUUGGGUACUCUAAGUCUUCAGUUCUUCAUUCGCAACCGAAAUCUACUGUUGGAACUCCUGCAUACAUUGCUCCUGAGGUACUCCUAAAGCCAGAGUCCCAAUACGAUGGCAAGACUGCUGAUGUAUGGUCAUGCGGGGUUACGUUGUUCGUAAUGCUGGUUGGGGCGUAUCCUUUUGAGGAUCCUGAUGAGCCGAAAGACAUUCGGAGGACAAUACAAAGAAUUAUCAACGUCCAGUAUUCAAUUCCUGAUUUUGUCCAAGUAUCUCCCGAGUGUCAGCAUCUGAUUUCGAGGAUUUUUGUUGCAGAUCCUACAGCUAGAAUUACGAUUCCAGAAAUUAAAAAUCAUGCGUGGUUCUUGAGAAAUCUCCCUGCUGACUUGAUGGAUGAGAACACAAUGGGUAAUCACUUUGAAGAGCCCGAUCAACCUAUGCAGAGUAUUGAUACGAUCAUGCAGAUAAUUGCUGAGGCCACUAUUCCAGCCGCUGGAGCCCAUGGCUUAAACCAUUUAAUGGUAGACAACAUUGAUGAUGAGGACAUGGAUGACUUUGAUUCUGAAUCUGAGCUUGAUGUUUAUAGCAGCGGUGAGAUCAUCUAUGCAAUGUAAUAUGAAGAAGAAAACUUCUCUCCAAUGUUGUAGUUGAUUCAGGCAUGUCACAGCUGCAGAGGGUGGUAAGAUGCUGGUAAAGUAUCAGAGAGAAAGUGGUAGUCAAGUUGUACAAUGCUGGUCCCAUGGUCCAUUGAGUCCAUUCUGUUCAUAGCAUGAAGCUUUAUACAAAUCUGUUAAAGAAUUGGUAUUUAAUACUACUCAAGGGAGGAUCACCAGGAAAAAUAGAUUGUAUAUUGGAUGAUCAUCACCCCAACUUCCACAUCCCGUUUCCAUUAAGCUGCUGUUGAUUUGUCGUUUUUAGUUUUGGCAUUAGUCGUGUACGAUAUACUUUGUUCUGCUUCUUGCAGUGAAUAUAUACAUGUGUACUUUGUGUA